UGAUCUGAGGUGUGAUCUGAGGUAUGGUUUUGAGGUACGACUUAGGUAUGGUUCGAGAGGUGUGAAGUGAAGUGUGAUUUGAGUGUGAUUUGAAGCACAAUCGAAGUAAUCUUACAAUUAAAGUAUGAUUGGAGCAUGAUAUGAUGGAGUUUGAAGAAUGAAUCGAAAACGAUCUUGACAAAUGGAAAUCAACAAAAUCCCUAAUCAUGUCCGAGGUACACGGGUUAUUAUUGGCUUUUCAUCUCCAAACAAUUAUAAUUAUUACCUCUUUCUGAUUCCGAUAACCUCAACCAAUCACCAGUCUGUUGUGUGACUUCUUGUCUAUUUCCCCUCAUUUGGAAAUCGAAUGACCUCCUCCUUCCUCCCUCCCUCCCUCCUUUGUUAUUCAUUCACCAUCAAAACUUAUUACUCACACUUUCAAAUCUUUCAAAUAUCUACACAUUAACCUGUUCGUACCUGAAUCCAUCAAACAUUUUACAAUCUGCAUCACUCCAACUUUCUUGAUCAUCAAUUUAUCAAAGAAAGUCUCUCUUCAAAGCAUACAACUUCCAAGUAACUAUAUCAGUUAUUUGAUCCCCAAACAUUCCAACAUUGUCUUUGUCUCUCGACCAAUAUCGUGAGAUAUCGUAUCAAUUACCCUUUUACUACAUCAAGGAAAACAAACAAACACCCUGCAAUCAUGUCUGCCGAUACAGCAACUCAACCCAUCAAUACAGCCAAUGCUGGUAAAGAUGCUGAUCCAAUACCUUUAACCAAGGUUGAUUCUGCAGUUCAAGGAUUAUCGAGUAGUCCUACUGAUGAGAAGAAGACCAUUGGUCAUCGGAGAACAAGUUCAAGUGCUCCUGGUGUAUGGAAUAUUAAUGACCUGGAGAAAGAGGGAAAAGAACUAGAGAUUGCAAAGGAAACUCAAAAGCUGAACUGGCGUAUAAAUAAAUCUCCAAUGACUCUUGAUGACCCGGAAAAGAGUUACCUUAAGAAAUCUCUCACUACACCACCAGUCAAGAAGAUUGAUUUACAUUUCCCACUGGGGUUGGAAGUCACUGCGAGAAAUAUGAAGGGUGUUACAAUUAAGGAUGCAGUAGAUGCUAUUUACAAGCAAUUCCGUAAGAAGGCCGAUGAUGAACUAGAAACUCCAGUCCUCGCAGGAUUUGAAUGGGAUAAAGAUGAAUCAUGGACUCGUCUCAUCGUUCACUGCAAGAAAGAAGGUGCACCACAACCCAAGAAGAAGAGUAAGAAGGCCGGUAAAGAAGGAGAAGAUUUGUAGUCUCCUCACACUACAAUUCCCUCUACCUACACCUCCUUUUCUGCACUACUCGUAGACUGCACUUGUUGUUCGAAUAGAGCAUUGAUGGCGUGCGUGAUUAUGGAUGGAUUUUGCUUUGCUUUGUUGCUAUUUAGGGAAUGGAUGAAUUUUUGCUUGGGAUAUGGCUGGAUGGAUGGGUUCGGAUUUGGUACUAGGUGGCAACCAUGAUAUUCUUCUCUCUCUCUCUCUCUCUCUCUCUCUCUCUCUCUCGCCAAUCAUGGCUUUACAACACACGACGUGAUAUUUAUUGAGCUAGCUGGCAUGCUAUGCUAUUAUGAGAUUUCUAGGAGAUAAUCAAAGUCUGGAAGCUGUUGACUGGCUGGUAGAUAAGUAUACUAGUUAGGAAUUAGUCGAGGACGGAUUGUUUGGGAAUUCAAUAAUUUCCACUUCUA